GACACACAGCAACGGAAUCACACCCUGCUCUGGGUUUGUGGAUUUAGCGGAACACGGACAAAAAAGGGGUUUUCAGUUUUCGUUUUGAUCCGUUUUUUCUCACUUCCUGAACGGUUGCAAGUGAUUUUUGGGAUCUGUUGUAGCUUGUUCUUGGUGAUUCUGGCAGCCAUGACGGAGCAUCACGAGCACGAGCAUGAGGAGCCCAAAGCCGAGUCGUUGAUUGACAAGAUUGCCGAGAAGAUUCACGCUCAUGAUUCCUCUUCUUCCGAUUCCGAGGAUGAUAAGGGGAGUGCUUCUGCUACUAUCAAAUCUAAGAUUUAUCGCCUCUUCGGCAGGGAAAGACCCGUCCACAAGGUUUUUGGUGGUGGGAAACCGGCUGAUAUCUUCCUGUGGAGAAACAAAAAGGUCUCCGGUGGAGUUCUAGGAGGAGCCACAGUUGCAUGGAUUUUGUUUGAGCUGCUUGAGUAUCACUUUCUGACCUUGAUUUGCCACAUUUUGAUGGCUGCUCUGGCAGUAGUGUUUUUGUGGUCUAAUGCUUCUUUCUUCAUUAACAAGUCUCUGCCACACAUCCCUCAAGUUCACAUUCCAGAGGGGCCAGUUAAAGAGAUUGCCUCUGCUUUGAGAGUUGAAAUCAAUAGGGCCAUCGCUGUGUUGAGAGAAAUUGCAUCAGGAAGAGAUCUGAAGAGCUUUCUUUCUGCAAUUGCUGGUUUGUGGGUUCUGUCCAUUGUAGGAAGUUGGUUCAACUUCCUUACCCUGCUAUAUAUUGGAAUUAUUUUGCUCUUCACUGUGCCUGUGUUCUACGAGAAAUACGACGACAAGGUCGAUGCGUAUGCAGAGAAGGCAAUGGCAGAGCUGAAGAAGCAGUAUGCAGUGUUUGAUGCGAAAGUGUUGUCUAAAAUCCCAAGAGGACCACUGAAGGACAAGAAGAUUGCUUGAGGAGGCGAUGUCGGGAGUGUUGUGGUGGUAGCAGGUCAUGUUUUUUAUCAAACUCUAUGAACUUGGUAGGCUUUUUGUCGUUGGCGUUCUGAAGUUUCAUCCAUGAAAGAAUCUGUUUUUUAGUUGUGUUCUCAUCAGUGGGGUUGGCAAUGUGGACUAAUUUGUGGAUUGCUGAUAAUACACAUGAUUUUGGUACACUAUUUAAUGGCCCUGUUUUAUAUGUUAAAGCCUUAGUGAAGCACAAUUUGAUAGGUUUGAUUGAUGAUAUAAAGUGAGUGUUUCAUUC